UAAUAGAAUACCUGACUACCUACCUAAUUUAUUUGAUAGUUCAUUCACAACGUUUGUGACUAAAUUAUAUUUUUUUAUAUUUUACAAUGCUAUGUUAAAAGUGCCUGUAUGUUUAAAAUUUGUUUUUAUACAUCUAAGGAUUUGUCAUAAAUGCUAUCGAGAUGUCGAAAAAUAAGAUUGCGGCUAGAAUAGACAGUCAAAGUGUCGAAGUUAAAACUAAAUUUGAUGCCGAAUUCCGACGUUUCUCGCUAAGUCGGACAGAGAAGCUGAAGUACGAAGACUUCAAAGGUCUGAUAGAGAAACUGCACAGGCUACACGAUGUGGCGUUCCUCAUCUCGUACACGGACCCUCGGGACGGGGACCUGCUUCCGAUCAACAAUGAUGACAACCUGGCUCGAGCACUCCUCACAGCCAGACCGUUACUCCGGGUCAUAAUACAAAGAAAGGGUGACAGCCUGGAGGAGUUGAAUGGCUACGGUACCAUGCGUCCGCGAAAUAUUAUAUCGUCUAUACUAAGUGGGACGCCCGCCAAAAACAAGGGGCUCGCUAUAUCAAACCCGCACGACUUUAGAAUGGUAUCAGCUAUUAUAGACGUAGAUAUAGUACCGGAGACGUGCAGAAGAGUGAAGCUGUUAAAACACGGCUCGGACAGACCGUUAGGAUUUUUCAUAAGAGACGGCACGUCUGUACGCGUGACGCCGAAUGGCGUAGAGCGUUCACCCGGUAUAUUCAUAUCAAGACUGGUGCCAGGCGGGCUGGCUGAGUCCACUGGUUUGUUAGGCGUCAACGACGAAGUACUGGAGGUCAACGGCAUCGACGUCUCAAAUAAAACACUCGAUCAGGUGACAGACAUGAUGGUGGCGAACUCGUCGAACCUGAUCAUCACGGUGCGGCCGGCCAACCAGCGUGCGGGCGCCGCUGCCGCCGCCGCGCCCGCCGACACUGCCUCGCGCACCUCCGCCGCCUCGCACCACGACAGCGAGCCCGACGAGGACAGAUUCGAUCAAGACGAGCAAGAUGAAAUAGUCGACCUAACCGCGGUCACAUUAGAGGAGCAACCGGAACCCUCCAAUUUCUCUCACAUUCCCACGAAGGAUGACGGGCAAGUCCUCCACCUCUAGUAUAUAAUAAAUCGUUACAGACGAUUUUAUAGCCUAACAUCAAGAUUACAAGUGUCAAAAUCGAAUGAACAUUCCAUUUGUUAUAAGUAACGGUGCAAAAAUAUAUUUUCUUAUUUAAAAUUCGGUGACAAUAAGUUUGAGAUGCGCUCGCUUACAUUCCAUUCUAUGCCUUAUUUUUAACUUGCUAAGUGUCAAAAUAGGUAAGUCACAAUAAAUGUGUAUAUAGAUUAUAGUACUUAAGUGCAAUUAGGACAUGAUCACGGUAACGUUAGUGACAUUUAUUUUACUAUGUGCAGAAAAGCAUUUUUUUUUCAUUUUUGUUUUUAAAGUCGGUCUACAAUAAAAACUUAUUUUCCCGAAUUGUAUUAGUUUAUGAUAAAGUGAAAUUAAGAGAUAUAAAUUUAUUCAUAUAAGCCCUUAUAUAUAUUUUAGAAACUUGUGUCAUGUCAUUUUUUUAACUGCCGCUCGGUACAGGUAGUGUUCAACCGAGAAGAAUGUGCUAGAAAUACGGUUGUUACUCCUUUUAAUGGGUAUUAAAUUUUAUGUAUGUAAGAUGAGUAGCACAGAGACAAAUCAAUUUUUAUUAUUAGUUAUUUUGUACUGAUUAUAUAAAUUAAAAAAGCGACGAUUGACUAGAUAAAAACAUAUCCACACUAUUGAGAGAUGUAUUGAGAGUCGGCACUACCUAUAAAUAGCUGAACUAUUGACAAGUGAAGAACUGCAGACUAAUUUUCGACGCGAUCGGAUUGACACAUUCAAAUUGGAAUCAUCGAAACUACAUCAUAUGGACGUUAAACGUAGUAAAAGAAUGCCAUAAAAAUACUAUGAGUGUAUGCAUUAUGAAAUAAUAAUAGAAUGUCGUAGCAAACAAACUAUUAAAAAUGUACUUCCUUAUUCGCAACGUGUCGUCUCCUUUUAAUUUGAACGGAUGAUGUAAAUAUAAUGAUUUUGACGUGGAAAAUAAAAGUGUAAGCAAAGCAAGACAAAAAAUAUUUGCGAUCUUCCUUACACUUUCAUGUUUUAAUUAUAAUAGUGUCUCGUUCUAUUAUUGUCGUUGUACAAAAAGCUUCGUAUAAAAUCUAUGUAGUAUGUAAAUAUGAAUUUGAAAAUUUUACAUUAUAUCUAUAGGACAGAGAGUUAAAACUUUGAAUGUUGCCUUACUUUAUUGUGUUGAUAUCUAGGUGGUUGCAUAGAUUUAAUUUUCAAUUUCGUUAUUAUAAAGACAGUGCCGACUCUUAAAUGACAUAGUGUUUGCUUGCUCUGUAGUAACAGAUGCAGUGGAAAAAAAAAACAAAGGAUGAAGUAGAAAACAAAUUGUUCUAAUGUACGAACAAUCAUAGAACUUCGCCAAGUAUUAUGUACGUGGCGAAUUCAUAGCUUAUGAUACGUGUACUGAUUACUAUGCUUAUAAAUCAACCACCAUAUUGAAAAACUUUCUCAUAAUUUGGCGCCAAAUAUUAAUGUUCAGAUUUAAUCUGGUCAUGCAAAGAGAAGAUAUGUAUGUAUGCAAGUUGAGAUUUUUUUAAAUUCUUUGGCGCCAAUUUUUUUUUUAAUCUGCCAUCAAUCAGUCCAAGACCAGAUAUGACUGUAUGCGAUAAUGUAGUUAUUUAUCUACGUAAAUAAAUCGUCAAAAAAAAUGGAUGUUUACGUCAACUGCCGAGCUCUGCCAUGUUGAAUUGCACUUAGCAUUCGCACGUCGUUAUAGCAUGCUGUGGGUGUAAUUUGACAUUUUGAAGUUUAUAUAUAUUUAAAUAAAACUAUAUUUGUGAGAGAAAAAAAUAAAGCUCGUCUUUAUUUAAAUACACUUGUUUAUUAGAAAUACUUUUAAUUCGUCACUUAUGAUUCAAAUUUAGUUUCUUGGAGUCGAAGUAACUCAAAGUAAUAACUGAUAUUUAUUUAUUUAUUUAAAUUUUUUUUUGCACCAUAAACAAAAAUAUACAAUGACAAGUAAAUAAUUCAAGUGAAAUACAGUAACAUAAAUACAGAUUGAAAUGUACACAAAGGUACAAAAGGCGGUCUUAUCGCUAGGGCAAUCUUUUACAGACUUCCUGAUAAUCAAAUAUUUUGUGAAAUACUUAAAUUAUGUUUUAGUAAUUUUUUGUCUAUGGUUUUAAUCAUCCACACCAUACUAUAAUGCACAAAGUAAUAACACUGGCGACUAAUAAAACUUGCAGUAUUCCAUUUUUAAAGACACCCGUGCCUUGACACUCGGCUUUAGACACGCGCUAGCUGAGUAGCAAUUGACUGGAUAGUCGUGAUAGUGAGAUCUGAUUCGGAUUCUAUGUAAGUCCUAAUCAGUGCGCAGACGCAGAGAAUGCAGGUUAAUAUCGCUCCUGCACAUUCUAUAUUAUUUGUGGUGAAAAUACUACAUCUUGACAAAAUAUAAAAUAAAAAUAAUAAUAAAUAGGUCAAGAAUUAGCAUAUGCCACAAAUAUAUUAUGGAAUUGAGAACAGCCUUUUAAAUAAGUAAAUAUAAAUAUAAAGUUCUUACACAAAUAAACCAUCAAUACUGACUGUGAAAUAAUAUUUAUUUUUUAAAAUUUUAAACCUCCAAAAUAAGUUCUAAUCAUUUAGGUGUCAACAAUACCGAAAUCUAACAACACAUGGUGUUUUUUUUAUCUAUGAUAAUGGAAUAGUAACCCCACUCGCGCUGACGGUAUACACUGCCUGGGCUCCAGUGAAUAAUGAUAGAUUAAAAUUAAAAGGCAGGUUAGUUCAGCGUGGUAAAUACACCUGAAAUUCAGCACGAUGGUUUCCAGGGAGGACCACGUGGAGGUCGAACUGACAAGGUAUAUUGCUAGCAAUGGGACUGGUAGUUCGCAUUACUUACAAUCCUUCUCCCUCCCCCAGUCCUUCAUAAAGUGGUUAGAGGCCUUGCGAGCGAAUUCUUGUUCGAUACUUCUCCAUACUUGGUAAUGUUGAGGUGCUAAGAAAUGACCAAGAGACUUGAAUUGAUCAAUAAAAUUCGCAAUUUUGUACGUUAUUGUUACGGCAUUAUAGUCUAAAUCCAUUUUAAUUUAAUUUUCAAUCAGAUUUUAAAAUUCAAUCGGAUUCCAUUCUGAUGUAAUGCAUUUAAAUGUGGAGCUUUUAGUAUUUUUUUUUAUUUUUAAUAUUGCCUGCAUUCUGUGUGUCUAUGCUUUAUUCGUAGCAUUUUGUGAUGUAUAUAUAACACUGGGCCUAAUUAGUGCCUUGCGGUACACCUUACAGUAAUAUUAAGUUUUCUUUAUAGUAUUUUUAUUGGUUAAUCAUAUAAUUAAGAGUAUUGGUUAUGAAUUUAGCGGCAAAGUAUUUAUAUUAUUGAUUAUAAUCAUUUAAUGUUAUGACUGUAUGUAUGCUGGCUCAGAUGCGCGUCGAGUUCUAUUAUGAAAAAAAAAAGGUUUUUUUUUUUUCAACAAUUUUUUUUUUUAGUUUUCUAUAUACCAGUUCGUCUAUGCUUUGCUAUUGCUUAUUUUUGGAUAUUUUUAGAAAUAUAAACGUUCUAUCUUUAAAACGUUUUAUCUGAAAGUAAUAUAGAAAAUAAUUAACCUGUACCAGAAAGAGCCAGAGCUAAUUGCCGUUACUAAAUACAUCACAAUGUUUAUAAUUUAAAUGGCGGGAAAAUAAACUUACUCUGUUGUUUCUGUCAGUUGUCAUCCAGUAGUAUUAGGUAAAAAAAAAAAAAAACGAGCGAAUGUACUCGUUCGUGAGACGCAGAUCUGUAGUCAGCAUUGGUUUUUUUUUUUUUUUUUAUAAGAUAACUGAGUUUACUUAUACUUUAGAAUAGUUUCUUUUAUUAAAUAUAUUUUAGUUGACAUACUGGGAGAUUAGUAUAAGACAUAUCGUAUGCAAUAUCAAUUUAAAAUAAUAUAAAAUGCUCAGGUAUUAAUUUAAUAUUUGGAUAUCUUUAUUAAUUCAUUAUAAUUAUGGUCUACUUUAAUAGAAUUUAAUGAGAAUGUAACCAAGUCUUGUUAAAAUUUUUAAAUGAGCACUCACUAAAUUAAAUCGAUAAUAAAUCGAGUCAUUCAACCGAUUAAUCGAUUUUUUAAUUGUACUCGUAUACAAAUAUGCUGAUUAUUUUUAUUUAUUAAUUUUAUUACAUUUAAAUGAAAAUACCAUCUGUUGACGUUCUAUAUUAUAUUUUUUGUUGUAAUUCAUUUGUUUUUAAUUUUUUCUUACAACUAUAAUUACCAAUUUAUCUUAAAAGGUUCAUUUUGAACAAUCAUUUAUUAAAUCAUUCUAUUGGGCAUCAGCAGACUGUCUUAUGAUUGUGUCAAUUAUUCGUUUUGUUUACAUUUUCAUUAAAUUCCAUGGUAACGGACUACAGUAAUUUAUUACCCGUCCUCUGGUAGGAUUUGAAGGUGUUACCCAUAUCGACGGUUAACUGCAAAUGUCGAACAUUGGCAAAAUUAAACAAAGUAAUAUCAGAAUAUAUCAACUAACUAAUGUUGCUAAAUAACUAAGAAAGCUAACUCGCUGAUAAUGUAGUUUUCUAUAGGUGAAUUUUUUAAAAUCUAAGUAGUUUUUGUUUAUAUAAAUUACAAACAAAAAACCAAAUCUUUCCUCUUUAUAAUAAUUAAUUUUAAUUACAAAUACAAAUAAAAGUAAAAAAGUUGGUUUUAACAUCAAUUCUCAAUAGGAAUGUUGAUGUAACAAUUAUUUCUCUAUCUAACAUAGGAAAGGAGAUAGGUAAUUUGGGUCGUAUACUCGUUUGCCACCAUAGUAGUACAAAAAAAAAGUUAGCAGAAAUGUGUACUGAAGAUCAGGCUGUAUGACUUAGUUCUUUUGCCUUUCGUAUUGUGGAUAAAUUGAUACCACAACUAUUUUUUAAAUGUCAGGAGCAAUUUAUGGUUAACCGUCGGAAAUGUGUUUUCCGCAUAUUAUAUAAAAUUAAUUAUGAAUAUAAUACUAACACGAAUAAAUUGUUAUAUGUAAUAAUGGUUUUUUUCAAAACUGUUCAGUUUUUAUCAAAAAACAUGGCUACGUGACCGCGCUGUUUGUACAGAAGUUAAGUAAGUUAUUAAAAAUCUGAUUUAGUCAUAUUUCGAAUGUGAAAUUUAUAAAAGUUGUUCAAUUUUAUGAAUCGUUCUUUUUUGGGUUUGUGUAUAACUUUCACGAUUAAUCCUGUAUUAAUUCGUUCGUUAAUCACAAUUUUUUUUUUAAUAUAUCACUAUUUUUUCACGAUAUUUUUAAAUCUUCAAUUUUACUGUGGUUUUAUUUUUUGAUAAUUGCUUUUAUUAAUCUAACUGUCCACUGCUGAACGUAGGCUCUCUCCUUAGAGAAUUUUAUCAGUAGUUGCCACGCUUGGCAAGCAAUUUGGCGCAGUUAGGUUUUGGUGAUGUUUUAAGAGAGACGCUGCUGCCCAUUCUACUCGACCACUAUUGAUAAUUGCUUAUUGCUUCAAUAUUUUUUUUUUUAAAUUUUACAGAAUAUAAAAAAAAAAAUUAAAUUAAGGUUGACAAUUAUAAGUAUUUUUAAUACUUAUAAUUGUCAACCUUUAUCAAGAGUAAAUUAAUUAUUAAAUUAUUAAAUCUAUAGUAUUAUUUUAAAUUCGCUAUCGUUCCUAUCAAUAUUGUAUAACGAGUCGAUUAGAAUCGAUUAUUAUGUCAAUUAUAAUCAAAUUGUGUAACGCCUUCAUAUCGAUUCGAUCGUUAGUAUCGAUAGUAUCAAUAGACAAUUCGUAAUUUUGAUAAUUCUGGGUGAAAACUAUCGAUUAUUAAGUAAUGUAAGUACCAGCUUUGCUAGCCAAUACAUUUACUAGAUACAAAAUAAUAAAGUACUUUAAUAAUUCUCGACUAUUUUAUAUUAAAACUGAACAUAAAUCCACUAUUUAAUUUACUAAAAUGAAUUUAACAUUACGUUAUUGUUACGGUACAAAUUUGGCUGUACUUCCAUUGCAUCAUAUGUCAAUUUAUAAUAAAAAAAAAAAAACUAAGUAUUGUAAAGACAAAUUGCUUUAUACACGAAGUUGAUUGAAAAAAUCAUGUGCUAAAUAUGUUGGUAUUUCUGGUUAUAUUUAUACAAUGUUAUUAUUAUUUAUAUAUUAUUAGUAUUUUUUUAUUUCUAUUAUGUGUAUUAAUUGUUCAUACAUGUAAUUCAUUAUACUUAUGUACUUAAUUUUUUUUUUUUUUACUAUUAUCACGCGCUGCCUUUAGUGUUAUAUUAAGUAUAAAUAUAUGUAUGCGUAUGUAGGGUGAAAUUUAAAUAAUUUUUAGAUAAAUAAGUGGAACUGAUGACUUUAUUUGAAAUUGGUGAAAAAUGACGAAAAUUUUAAAACUAUACUCUCUUGACAGCUGGUUGCCGCCAUUUUAGUAUGGGAGAUACAGAAUUUUUCGUUGUUUUUCUCUUUAUGAAUGUCGGUUAGUUUUACUAUGCUUAUGAUUUGAAUUUCACAUCGUGGAACUGAUAUUGACCGAGUUUUAGUUGAUUUUGUCUCGAAUAAUUCAAAAUAGGGUAUUUAAAGUUCAAACAAAGUGUAACGAGAUGGAUAUGACAAAGGGAAAUCCAGCAGUAGUUCAUUCACUGUGUUCUGUUAGCAAUGUGUAUUUAUGAAAAUGAAAUAGCAACAGAAAAUAAUAGAAUAAUAAUAUAGUAGUCGGAAAUAGCAACGCAUAAGCAUCACGUCUAUGUAUUGGCGACGGUUACCACUUUUAAUUAAAUGGCUCAUUUAAUGAAAAGUGGUAACCAUGUUUAUUAUCGUGCUCAGCGUGUUUAUUAAGUUUUAAAAUAAAAUUUUCCUCCAAAGCACUUAUAAAUUGUUUUAUUAAAAUGAAAUUUGUACUUUCAUAUAAACCGCGCGGUCACGUGGUUUUUUUAAUGGAUAAUAAUAGAUCGUUAGCCCCGCCUGCGCUAACGGUAUACACUGGCGGGGCACCAGUGAAGGAUGAUAGGUGAGGAUGAAAAGGCAAGUCAGUUAGCCCAUCGUAACGAAUUCAACAAUAAAUUAGUGACGAUAGUUUCCUGAGGGAACCGCAUGGAGGUCGACCUGAUAGGGUAUAUUGAUAGCAAUAACCUCCCCAUUACUAACAAUCUUUUACCCCCCACCCCCGCGGUCACGUGGUUGUUCCAAGAUAAAAAUAACUUAUUUUCUUACCCGAUUUUUUUUUAUAAAGCUAAGGUGGGAGUGAUUUCUUAUUGUUAUAUCCUUUCUCCUACACUCUCUAGUUUGUAAAUGAAAAUUACGUAAUUACAUACAAAUUAAACUUUCAUGCCGCUAAAAUUGGUAAAUUACGGGUAUUUUGAGUAAAACUGUACUUAGAUUAAGCCUAAUUUAUAUUACGAAACAUGUUUCGCGACGUUUCAUCAACAGUUUCAAAUGUAAACAACUAAUCUUAUAUUAUUGAUAAUAAAACUGUUGCGUAUUAAUAUUAAAUAUAAAAAAAAGAAAGUAUAAAGACAUUUUCUGUAUUACAAAAGACGGCCUUAUCGUUAAAAAUAAUCUCUUGUAGAUAAGCUGUAAUGCAUACAUUUCGUAAUUUCACUUCUAUGUUUGCGCGCGAUUGAAUAGGAGUGUAUAUCUACACACCUAUGUCACGUCUGUUAGCUAUCAAGAUGUUUAACUUGGCAUUAUUAAAGUUUGUUAAAUAAUAAUUCAUUCGUAAUUAAAUAAACAUGAAUUACAAUAAUUACUAAUUAAUUAAAAUAAUUAAUUACUCUUAUUUAAUUACGAUUAAAUUAUUACGAGACAUUACAUUCCGACAUCAUGCAUCAAUUAGGCUUUAUCACAAACUCGGUUGAAGUAUGUUAAAUUAAAUUCCUAUACAAUAAUAAAUGGAAAAUUGUUGAUUGGCUCAAAUGAGAUGGUCCAAGUGUAAACAAUAUUAUACUCGUAUUAGUCAAAUAUCAUAGUUUAAGGGUUUUAUUUACACUAAGCACCUGCGUUGUAUGUAAUGAAAUAUAUUCUUAUUUAAAUUUGGAAA